ACGACCACAUUAUUUAGGACUGUAAUCUGUUCGGGUCAAGGAUAUAGAAUUACAUGUAAUGCGUAAGAACGCACUGAUAGCAGUCCCAUAUAUAAACAUAAGGAGCCCGGAAUAAUGGUGAUUUGUGAAAAUAACGCAAAAUGAACGCGUGCGUCUUGAUUCUCUCUGUCUUGUUUGUUUUCGCAAGCUGUGACGAAGAUGGAGAUUUUGAAAUAAAAACUAAUCAUGAAGCAAAACUACGUUUUUACUAUGGAUCUAUGGACAAUUAUACUGAGCUAUACAUAUACGAUGCCCAUAAAAUCUUUUUAGAAACCUGGUAUAACUCCAGCAGAAAUACCGUCAUAUUUUCACAUGGAUUCACAGGUCGUCCCACCGGCCCCGCCGUGACUGCUGUAAUGACUGCUUACAUUGUAGAAGGAAAAAGCAAUAUAGCGUUAUUGGAUUGGCAGGAUUUGGCCUCAAUGGCACUACCAGGCUUCGCUACUUCAUAUAUGAAAUGGGCAGCACCUAAUGCUCGAAAGCUUGGAGUUCGUUUUGCCAAUACUCUAAGUACUAUGGCUGCUGCUGGACUGGAUUUGAAAAAGAUUCAUCUAAUCGGACAUUCUUUGGGAGCCCAUCUUUUUGGUAUUACUGGUACAACGCUCGCUAAUAGAGGAAUGCAACCUUCGUGUAUAACCGGUCUUGAUCCAUCGAAGGUUGGUUUUGAAAACAAACCAGUUCAUUUGAGAUUGAACCCGGAUUCAGCGGAGUCGGUAGUUGUCAUACAUACGGACAGUAGCAAAUAUGGAGCUAAAGGUUCGAUGGGUAAAGUGGACUUUUGGCCGAAUUUCAGAAACAACGGCCAUGUAAUCCAACCCGGCUGCGAUGAAAGGCCAGCACAGACAUUUUCAAUGCCAGAUUUAUGCAAUCACAAUCGAUGCUGGGAACUUCUGAUCGACUCUCUAAAGCAUCCAGGAACCCUACUAGGAUCUUAUGCCAAGAAUUAUAGAAUGUGGAAGAAUUACUCGGAAGAGGAGAAAAAAGCUAUAACAAUGGCUAUUGGAAAAUGUGACCCGAACGCGGUGCCUGGCAACUAUUACUUGACUACUAAUGCUGAAACUCCUUUUGGACGAGGCGACGAUGGCUUAUAACAAGUGAAAUAUAAUUAUUUUUUUUAAAUUUAAGUAUUUUUAUACCAUAGAUAUCUUUUACUAAUACAAAUUUUUAUGAACUAUUUAUGA